AUGAUUGUUUUUCUUUUCGUUUUCAUAUUAACUUUAAUUCAUUCUCAAACAAUAAAACAACUUAAUGAAAUAUCUAUUGACGAAGAAUUACCAAUUGGUACAAUAAUAACAUAUUUAAAUGAUAAAAUUCCUAAUUUAGAUCAAUCAUUAGAAUAUGAUCUUGUUAAACCAUUUUCUUCUGAUCUUGAUCUUUUUUCAAUAGAUCAUAUACGUCAUACACUUUAUAUAAAAAAACGUUUAGAUUUCGAACAAAUAUGUUCGAAUAUAACUAUUAAUCAUUGUCUUAUAUCAAUAAGUAUAGCUGUAUCAAAUCAUGAUACUAUUAAUGUUUUUAUACUUCCAAUACAUAUUAAAAAUAUUGAUGAUAAUCCAAUAAAAUUUUUUGUUAAUCGAACAAUAAUUGAAAUAGAAGAAAAUGAUGAAUAUUGGUUUAAUAAAUCAUAUAUAUUACCAUAUGCAUAUGAUGCUGAUGGUGAUAUAAUAACAUAUUCACUUUAUUUACAUAAUUGGAAUAAACCAAAUGGUUUAUUUGAAUUAGAUAAUCAAAAUUUAUUAUUAAAACCAUUAAAAAAAUUUGAUCGUGAAAAACAAAAUCUUUAUUUAUUACGUCUUAUUGCUGAAAAUCAAUAUCAAAAAGAUAUAUCAAUUGAUAUAAUUAUAAUAAUUAAAGAUAUUAAUGAUAAUUCACCACAAUGUGAACAUAAUAAAACAUUAUUUAUUUUAAAUAAUAUUAAUUCAAUAUCAAUAUUUAAAAUAAAUAUUACUGAUCUUGAUGAAAAUGAUAAUGGAAAAUUAGAAUAUAAUUUAAUAAAUACUUUACCUGGAUUUUCUAUUGAUAAAUUUAAUGGAUAUAUAACAUUUAAUUAUACACAAUGGAAACGUACAAUAAAUGAAAUAAAAUUAUUUAUUAAUAUAACUGAUUAUGGUAAACCAUAUCGUUUAUCAACACAAUGUAUUGUAGAAUUUAAAUUAACAUUUUUAUUUGAUAUUAAUUUAAAAUUAAAUAAUAAUAAUAAUAAUAAUAAUAUUAUUUCUAUUGAUAAUCUUAAUUUACCUAUUGGUCAAUUAAUAAUUAUUGAUAAAAAAGAAAAAAAUUUUUGUUUAAAUUGUUCAUUUGAUUUAAAUUCAUCAUUAGAUGAUAUAUUUUAUUUAAAUAAGAAAACAUUUCAUUUAUAUUUUAAUUUAAAUUCAUUAUUAUUAAAUCGUAUUUUAACAAAUAAUUUAAUAAAAAAUGAAAAUUUUUCAAUAAAUAUUUUUAUUAAUAUUAAUCAAUGUUCAAUAAAACUUCGUAUACAUGUUUAUAAUCUUUAUUCAAUUUCAAAUAUAUAUCCAUAUUUUUUUCAAUCAUUUUAUAUAUUAACAAGUAAUAAUAUUUCUCGAUUUAUUCUUCCAUCAUUGCCAUCUCAUGUAAAAUAUAUAUCAUCAAAACCAAAUGAAAUAUUAAUUGAUGAAAAAAAUGGUUCAAUUAAAAUUCCAUCAUCAUCAUUAUUAUAUUCAUUUUAUUCAUAUGAUUUUUCAAUAAAAGCUAUUGAUUCUCAAAUACCAUCAUUAAGUUGUUCAAUAUCAAUACGUAUUUAUUUUGGUAUUAAUCAACAAUCACCUCAAUUACGUAAUAAUUUAACAAAACAAUCAAUUGAAAUUUCAUCAUCAGAAUUUAUUUAUCAAAUUCAAGCUUAUGAUCCCGAUAUAUCAUAUAAUGAUCAAAAUAAUUUAUUUCCACCAUCAAUUGAAUAUGAAAUUGAUUCAUUAGAAAAUCUUGAAAUUGAACGUUAUACAGGUCGAAUAUAUUUUAAAAAUAUCAAUCAAUCACAAUAUAAUUUUACUUUAAUUUUAAUUGAUUUUGGUCAACCAAAUCGUUUAAUAACUCGACAAAGAAUAGUAUUUGAUUUAAUAUCAAAUGAAAAAAUAAAUCAUCAAGAAAUUCCAAUUAUUAUUUCAACAACAUUUUUUUUAAUUAGUACUUGUAUACUUUCAAUAGUUAUUCUAUUAAUUAUUAUUACAAUUUUAUUUAAUUGUUAUCAUGGUAAAUUAUUAAGAAAUAAAUCUUUAUCAAAUCUUUCACCAACAACACCGGAUAGUUGUUUAAUUGAUAAUGAAUAUAUUACAACAACAACAUCAUUACCUCGUGUUGUUAAUCGUGAACAACGUAUUUAUCCAACGAUUUCAAAUGAUAAUGAACGAAAACUUUUAGAACAAAUUCAUCUUCCACCUCCAACAUUAUAUUCAAAUGAAAAAAUAUCUAUUAAACAAGAUUGUCAACGAAAUUUAUCAAUGAAUGAUAUUAAUAAAUAUUUAGAACGUUUUGAAAAAAUUUAUAAUAAUUCAUCCGAACAUCAUCUAGGAGAACCCGUAGGAUCAGUUGUGUAA